UUGGAUUCUCAACUGUAAUGGCGAUUCAAGGCUGUUAUCAUCACGUUUUAUGUUCUAGGAAUUUCACUGUUGUGCGACUCUCCUGACAAUUCUGAUGGAUAUGCCAUCAAACUUUAUUUGUUAUUUUAACUAACUGUUUUAAAGUUUGGUUCCACUGGAUAGUGAACGGUUAUUUCUCAAGGUCUCAACAUGUAGGCCAUCAUCGUCGUCUGAAAGCUGCGUUCCCUGUUUCACGAAUUUGUGGAACUGUUGUGAUCGACAGUAUUUCAUUCUGGCUCAAUUGUUGACAACUUGUUUUUAAAACAAACAAGUCCGAAAUGUCUGGUCAUCAAAGACAUGACAAGGAGCGUCUCCGUGAGUUGGCGCAGAAAGAGAGAGCCACCAAAGCCAAUACUUCCGCCUCUGACAGCCCCACCAUGCCACUCUUUGACAAACCUUGCAAGGUCCAGAAUUCAAAUGAAGGUGAUGACAUUAACCAAAAGAUUCGCCAGGUGCUUGGUGAGUUUUCUGACUUCAAGAGCAGAGGUCCCAAGUACCAGAUAGGUGCACUAGCAGCACCUACGACUCCACAACCUCAAACUAGUGGCAGCAAGUUUUUCAAACAUCCAAGCACACACAAUGGUGCUUUAAGACAUGGAGAAAACAAAUCCACACAUGACCACAGCCGCCGCAGUCUGGAGGGAUCUGGGUACAAAUCCCAGUCUGGUCAAAGCUCAGAUUUAGAUCCUAAACCAGUGGACAUCAAAUCUGGCCAUGGACACAAACAACGGAGUGAUGUGAAAUCUAGCCAUGACCACAAAGCAGGGUACAGUGACAAGAGAAGUCGAGACCACAGUGCUGACUCUUCUUACAAAACGGGAAGAGAACACAGAGGCCAUCAUAGCAACCAUGAUCGAACUAGAAUGCCCUCAGAUGGGGGUGGGGGAUCUGAAGGUGGUGGUGGUGGUGGAGGAAGCAGGCGAAGUCACUCCAGUGAACGCUCCAUCCAUUCCAAACAGAGUAGCAGCCACUCUCAGUCAUCCUCUUCUUCACAACAGUCUAGUCUAUCCAGUUCCCAGUCCCCUGCAAAACCCAGUUUCCCUUCAAUGCAUUCACCCUUGUCAUCACAGAGCAAGUAUCAGCUUCAUUCCAAACACUCCACCAGCCCAAGUCCUAGUCAAACUGCCAACAAAUCACAAACUUCAUCCAAUGUCAUUGUCCCGUCUCCCAAAAAGUCACCAGGCUCUGCCAGCAAGCCUGUGUUCCAGCCUAAACCUUCAUCUGGUUCUCAACACAGUACUUCUUCAAUUGCCCCCAACCAGGCCAGUAACAUGCCUCUUAGGGAGUCAACUACUCCACCAAACGGCAUUGUCAGUCGGGGACCACUGGUCAAGCAACAACAGAAAAACAAACUGCCAAAGCUUCUCAUCCAGUCUGAGAAUAAUGCCCCAUCUUUUGGAAUCGAAGGACUCCAUGACAUAUUCAAUGAAAUGAGAAGUAUACCUGCACCUGUGUCAGAAAUUAAUACACCAAGAAAAUCAGAAGAAAAACUGUCGUUCCAAAUUCCUCCAAAGGUUGGAAAGGAUGUCACACCACCAAAUUCUGACAUUGGGAAAGCAAAACCAGAAGACGAGGAAGAAAAGUCACAAGUAUCUUCUCUUGGGCUGUCAGAAAACUCCCUUGCUGAUGACCUACAUGUCAGUGAUGACAGUGAAACAGAGCAAGUACCCAUGGAUAUCCCAUCCAUUAAAGCCCCAAGCGUGAUAGCUACUAAGAAAAGAGAGGUGGAGCCAGGAGUUAGCGGAAUGUCCUCAGGCUCUGACAGUUCCAGUGAUGGGAGUGACAGCAGUUCAUCCUCGGAGGGGGAGACAUCAUCUUCUGAAGGGGAAGAGGAAGAGGAAGGAAAGAAGAUGGAACAGGUGGAAGUGACGAGAGAGGAAGAGCAAACAGCCACACCAAAAGAGACACCUUCUUGGGGCUUAGGCAGCUUUUUAAGACAACUAAAGCAGUCGUCUCCUGAAGCUCCAAUUCCUAAGAAGUCAUCUGAGAAACAGAAAGAGAUUGAUGAAACCAAUGAUGAAAUGCUUGAUGAAAUUUUGCACACCGCAAUCACUUCACAGACACCUCUGAAAGACAUUGGUCAUGCAUCCACGUUGCCCUUCCCCACAGACCAUCUGGAUCCAGACUUCAGUUCUGAGCGUCAUCAGAAUGGUGCAGAUUCUGGUUGUGAUUUGCCAGGUAACAAUGACAGGACUAACACCAGUCUGGGGAGCCUUGGUUCUCCUGACACUGCCAGUACAUGUAGCAGCACCAGCUCAAAACCUUCCAGUGGAAAACCUGAAAAGAAAGGGCGAGGUAGGCCCAGUCUUAGUUCCAUGUCUGAUAGUUUGCAUAGGACGUCUAAAUCUGAGGGUUCUGAUUUAUCCAGUUCUCUCAGUAAAAGCAAUAGUGGUGCAAGCAAAUCUAGAAAUACACCCAAGAAAGACUCAAAGAGAGACAAACCUAAAUCAGCUCAUGAUGAAAAGAAACGAAGGAAAACUGAUUUCAAAUCUAAACCAACAAUAUCUGACAGUGAUGAUUCUGAGAUAGAUGUUGUCACUGUUACUCCAGGCAAAGUUCCUGCAACAAUGGCCAAUUCUAUUGUUGAUGAAGAUAAAGACAAAAGUUGCAACAACUUAUUUUCCUCCCCUAAGGCGAGUAAAACAUCUCCUGUUAAAGUUCCUGUUUCUCAAGAAAAGGAGGAAAAAGACAAUAAAAGUGUAUCCAAAGUUAAAGAAGUUAAACAUAAACCAUCAAGUCAUCGUAAGAAAGAACGUGAUAAGGACAAAGAUAAAAAUGAUAAUAAUAAUGAACGUAACCGAAAGAAGGAGCACAAAAAUGUGUCUUCAUCACCACCAGUGUCCGAUUCCAAAGUGGACGUGCAUAGUGAGAAACAUGUUGAUGCCAUCAUUGAGACCACAAAUGAGUUCAAACCCCCAUGUUUACUUUCCCCCUUUGCAUCCCCAACCAAGACCCCCAUUGCCCCAUUGCUGUCCCCCUUACCAAUCCCACCCCAACCUUCUUGCCCCCAGUUGACUUUCUCCAAUGGAAAGCCGGCCAUUAUGGUGGAGAUUAACCUUUCUUUAUUGGAUCAUAUUCCUUCCAGUGCUAAUUCACUAAGUGCUUCAGCUCCAUCUUUACUCAAAUUGGAAAACAAAAGUUCAGAUUUUUCAGAAACCGAUAAGAAAAGUUCUAAUGUUGGAGCCAAAUACGCUGAUUUAUCUCAUAAAAAUGCUGAUAUUAAUCCAAAGAGUGCUGAUGUGACACCAAAAAGUGCUGACAAUUCGCAAAAGGGAGUUGAUAUUUCUGAAAAAUGUGCAAAAAGUACCGAAAAGAGUACAGCAAGGAGUGUGGAAAAAAGUACAAAAAUUGUGGCGAAAAGUGCAUAUAGUGUGGAUAAAAGUGCAAAUAGUGUUGAAAGGAGUGCAAAUAAUAUAGAUAAGAAUGCAAAUGCAUCAUCACCGGGAUAUAAAGAAGAGGAUAUGUGUGAUGGCACUAAGGAUAAUGAUUCCCAGGUGACACUGGAUAAGAUAUCACGGUCCCACAAACGGAAAGGUGACAGUGAGCGACAGGAGAGUACUGGUAGCAAAAGACACAAAUCCACUUCCAAAUCCAGCAAGAAGUCCUCAUCAGAAGACCUUCAUAAUGGCAGCCAGGAAGGGGAGAGUGAAGGUGGUGGCAAGUUGCGAGUGGGGGAGAGACGGAACAGUUCAUCAAGCACAUCUAGUCGGCACAGUAUUACCAGCAGCAAGUCUAAGAAGAUCAAGAUUGAAGACAAAAUCAAGAAAGAGCCUUCAAGUCCAGACAAGCAUAAAAAGCAGCAGCAGCAGCAGCAGCAGCAAGAUAAGAAUGACUUGCCUCACCAAAAUGGCCAGGAUCACCUGCCCUUUCACUCUUACAAUGAAGAAAGUAGUGUCAAGUCAGACACAACUCAGGAUAAUGCACCACGGGUACCACAAUCUGGAUAUCACCAGGAUGAAAAGUUGGAAUCGGCAGAAAGAUACUUAACUAAGGCUAAGGAAUUGAAGCACCUUGCUGAUAAGGACAAACCAGCCAAAUUCUCCUUGUACAUCAAGUCAGUGUUGUCAUUUGUCCAGUGUGGUUGCGCCAUGGAGAAGGAGGCAAUCAGUGAACCUCAGAAGAUAUUCACCAUGUAUCAUGAAACACUUCAACUACUCAAACAAGUGAUCCGUGUGCGGGUAACAUGCAUCGACCCUGAUAUGCCCAUCACAGACAAGAGGUUAUCAGUAUUAUUAUUACGCAUCCAGUCAUUGUUAUGUCUCAAGUUAUUUCAAUUAAAGAGGCCAGAAGUAUUGAAAUUCAAGAAAAUCAUCGACGCUGACAACACCAAAACUGCCUCAGCCAAGUCCCCUCAUCUUAGCAGCAUACCCAAUCGCAGUAUAGGAACCCCACCUCCCAUCUCCCCAACACGCUCCCCUGCUGGCAGCAUUGGCUCAGUUGGAUCACAGGGUAGCUGUGACUUGCCAUCCAACAAGCUGACAAAUGGUAACUUAAGCUCAAGUGCCACCACUCCCAUGUCAUCGCCAGGGACAAUCAAUGUCUCCCAGCGAAUGCAUUCCGUCAUGCAACAAUACAUCAACUUCUCUGGUUAUCUGGUCACCAGUCAUGAUCUCUGGUUGCAGGCAGAUGUUGCUGCACACGAGUUUAAAGAAUUUUUUGAUGUCCUUGACAACACCUGUGGCCCUCUGUCCUUACACAGUAGUGUCUUACAACUGGUACAUUAUGUAAAUGAAGGUCUACGCUUACUAAAGGAUACAUGACAUAGGGCUUGUCCCAGUGCUCACUGAAAAGACAACCAGGUGCUGAACUUAAAAUGGUCAACAGCCUGAUCACAGUCUCAAUCUCAUCAUGUGAUAAGUCAAGGACUGAGAAUAUCGACUCCAUAAGUGCUCCCUUCACAUCUUGGCUGCAGCAUUGUGAAAUCCUCAUCAUGCCAGACAUACAUGCCAACAAAAUCUUAAGCAUUUCAGUGUACUGAUCAUCAACUUAGCCUAUUGUCACAUUCUCUAUCAUGAAGACAUGUUCGUUAAUGGGAGAGUCACCGCAUCAUGAAACAAUGAAUCAAACUCAACGAGAAAGAAUACCAACACACUCUUCGUGGCUCAGCUUCAAUUCACUCUUGAACUCUUCUGACAGACGUUUUGUCUUCCAAAGGCGGCCAUGUUUUACUCAAUGAACGGAACAUAUCCAGCUAGGUACUGAAGGUAUAUCCACAAUGCAACAAAUUGCCAGUUGAUGAAUCAAUUCCAGUGGCUGUAUAACAGCCAACAAGAUCCAUUAGAUCCCUGAAAUGUAUGAAGAUUGAUUAACCGAUAUGUGCCCACUUGAUGGCCAUCACCAUAAACCAGUGCUCAUCAUUUAUUGUAAUUUAUUGCCCUGGAAGAGGAGCAGCUAAUUACAUGCCUACAGUGACUGGCAGAUCUCAGUGUGUUCCCACUCUCCUAGUCCACAGCCAAAUACAGGCCUACUGACCUGUGUGUGUGUGUGUGUGUGUGAACAGACCUCUCUUACUUCUUACUGCAGACAGGCAGGCUAAGUCAUAUGCAAUUCCUGUGGAUGCACGUACACAAAGCCUGCACUGAGAAUCUCACCCUAUUAGAAAUGAUGGUCUGAUGCUGCAUACAGUUGGUUGGACAUUCUGACACUAUGAAUGGUAGACUGUUAGAGUUGACAGAAUGUGCACUUGCUGCUGCUGCUGCUGCUGCUGCUGCAGUGACCACUACAUUGGGAGGGAAGUUGACCCCUCAAAACAUGUGGCUUACUUUUGUACUCACAUGACUAUUUUCUGUUUGUAAAUUUGUGUGGAAGACUACCACCAGUUUGGAUUCUAUUCUCAGCUGUACAUAUUCUGAUAACUUUUUGAAAUGAUGGUAUUUCUGUUUUUAAGUCCACUCCACUCACUGUGUUAUACCCAACUACCUUUUAUGAAAUUGUUUGGGAUCCGUGUGAUGUCCCCUCUCCCUAUCACCCACCCCUCUGUGUUGCUGUUCUUCAUGUUGGUGUUAGCUCUCCAUUAGGUCGACUGACAGCUCCCUAGCUUUAGGACUCGAUGGAUGUCUAUGGCUGGUUGGUCGACCUGCACAAGUGCUGUGUCCUUAUUCUGUGAUUCUCUCUUGUCUUGUACUGUUGGAUUUGGGAAAUAACCAGUCAAUGGGCUCAUGAUAGGAAUCAAAAUGCCAAAAGUUGUCCAAAAGACUUGCACAUACAUGAAACUGUAUUUUGUUGUUACAAGAGUGAUGAAUUAUUUAGAGGAAAUCAAGGCACUGGAAAAUAUUUUUCAGCUUUCCAUGUAUGUGCAUGGCAAAACUUAUCAUAAUAUUUUUCUUAGGGAUAAGGGGUUCAUGUGUUUCUGCUUCCAGUUUAUACAUAUAUGGUACAGUUUCAUGCGUCUCAUUUCUUUUUUGUCAUGAUCAUUUUUAUAAAUAUAUAUAUACAUACAUGUAUAUCUUUAUAUAUAUAUAUACAUAUACACUCCAAUAUGAUGGUGUUUGAGCCAGUCAAUUUGGUCUGAGUCAGUAGCAAUAGGCCCAUCUUGUUUUGUAGCUUUCAAUCAUGUGACAAUGGGUAGCCAGUGGUGCUGCUACUUGAUGACUAUCGAGGUUGGAAUAACACAAGGAAAUACUCCACAGCAGAUGCCAUGACAGCUAUGACAUUGCCACCAGCCUACUUGCCCAUAUCCUGGCUAGCACUGGAGACAACAGUAUCCCAAUAUGUUGUAGUUGUGUAUUUUGUUGUGUUAGGGUAGAAGGAGAAAACAUCUGAAUGUGCACACACCUCAUUCCAACAUCGUCAUCAGUAACACAUAGGUGGUCAUCAUCUCACUGGAUUUUCCCAUGCAGUAAAUCAGUGUUCCAGGAGAAAGUUGUAAGAUGUACUUUCUAAAGUGACUAAUCAUUGAUAUCUGCUUUAUGUCCUGUGAUAGAAACAUUUUUGACUUUGGCAACAGUGGAUUCAGCUUUUGAUAAAUAUCCUAAAGAAAGCAAAGGUAGUAGUUAAUUAACCUGACAAGCAUACUUAUGAGAAUGAAUUCUGUCUUUUGUCAGUCAUAAUUGUAUUUUGUGAAUAUAUUUAGCCACACAGCAAUUAAUUAUGCUAUGGGGCCAGCAAACAGAACUCUGUAUGUUUGUACUUAAGUAUAAUGUUAUGCAUUUCUUCCUAUGCAUUGUGAAAUUCAGUAUUGCUCACCCAAGACACUGUUAAAUAUUCUCCUUUGUCAGAUAUUAUUUUGCAGAAUUCAAAAUUCUGAUAUUUAUUUCGCCAAUUAUGGUAGACACCAAUCACAACUACAUGUAUCAUGUUUGACAAAGGGAGGUAAUUCGCUAUCAUUCACAUGGCAUGUCAUUGACAAUCUUGCAUUAAGGCAUCUCAUUAUAUGUACACUGUCUGACAGAAUUUGAUGCUGUAAGCAUCAUCCCCACACGAUACUAAUGUCUUGAUGUAAACUUGAGAAUACUUUUAUGGCAAAGGCCUUGUCAAGUCCUGUUCAGUAUUCCUUAAUCUGAUGUCAGGCUGCAAUUGUACUUCAGGGAAAACAACAUUUGUAUGUGCAGACAAUUCAUUCAAAACUGCAAGUAUUUUGCAUGAGAUGUUAUAAAAAUCUAAAUUAUAUUCCUUAUUAUAAUUAAGAGAAAACAUAUUCUUUAAAAGAUGUAUUUUUAUAGCAAUGUUCAUAAAUAUAAAACUUGCAAUAUAUGUUGAACUACACUAUUGACAUGUAGUCAGGAUGCAAUCAAACACUUUGUGGAGUAUCACAUGAGAGGACUUUCUGAAAAGUCAUGUUACAAAUCAAAUAAAUGAUCAAUAUUACAGAUGACACUUUGAGUACGAAAGUAAAUUUCACUCCAAAAUAAUCAUGACAAUUGAGAAAUCCCCAUCCACUGUGCUGUAUGAUAUCACAAUAUUAAAAGAGAAAGCAAUUAUAAUAAUGAAUGAUAUUUAACAAUAGGUUGGAACUAAGCUGUAUGAAUAAACUGUUUGGUAUCAAUGCUUCUGUUACUGAGAUGAUGUGAUAAUAAGCAUGUCUGAGACAUCUGAGAGAGCACAAUUGUGACCUUGAUUUGCAACAGCACAAAGCCCAACAGGCACAUGCAAUCAAAAUGAUUACUUGCAGUCAAUAAUUGUACAGUCACAUUCUUACUGUAAUUCCAUAUGCGAUUCUGUUUUGUUGACAAAAUUAUGUUAUGUUAUAAUGAUUUGUUGCAUGAAACAAUCAAAUCAUAUGUUUCAACCAACAAACAUUUGCCUUGUGCUACUGUAUCAUAAUGAAGUGCUACUAGAAUUUAUCUCACAUUAUUGCAUGUACUUGUUACACCUAUGCAGCUUAAGUUUUUUUAUGAAAGUGACAGGACAGUCACACUGUUUGCUUCUGUAAUUACCUAAACUUUGGACUUGACUAGUUCCCCAACCAUCAUGAGUUUCAAGCCUAAUGUUGUCAGCACCUGACAACAAGACCACUUUGAAAAGCACUUUGAUGCUCUAGUCUUCUAUUUGAAAUUAAGUGACAGGUUUGGAAAUAGUGUUUUAAGGUCAUAUAUGGUAUGGAUGAAGAUAUGCAAUAAACAAUCAAUAUGCAAUACAAUAAAUUAUUGUUUUAUGUAUUUUGAGUACUCGUUAUGAAGAGCAAGCAGACACUAGACCAUUUCAUUGUGUAAAAGUAAUUACAUUUCUAGUCCAAGGUUUAGGCAGUUACUCUUCCAUAUUGUUUUGAUUUGGUGAAGCCACAUUUGUUGCUUUUAUUCCAACAGUGUAAACAUUCUUCAUACACAAACCAUAUCAGUUUUAUUCUUUUGCUUCCUCUAAAACAAUGAAAACCAAUUUUAUGUGUUUUCGGAUGUUUCCAUAAUUUGAUAUUGAAAUAACUUAAUUUAAAUAUUAUAAGGCUGAAUAACUAAAAAUCUCAUAAAAUAACAUGAAUGAAACUGUCAUACAUUGUUCAAUGAUAUAUAAAAAGUAGGCUUUUCUUUGUAAUCUCACACAUUUUCUAAUUCUGACCAUUAAGUUCAGGUGAAGUCUUAUCCGUUUUUGUACAGUAUUUACGGAAAGAAUAUUUACUCAGAAAUUGGCAGUUUUUGUUCUUCACAAAGUACAUUUGGACAUAAUCCUUGUACCUGUUUCUUACUUACAAUCAUUCCUUAAAUUGGGGCUUUGAUGACAGUCACAUAUCUACUUCUAAUGUCAAGUCAUUUGAAUCAGAAAGAUGCCAGUGUUGACCCCAUAAUACCAAGUAUGUUAAGUGAUAUCUUACAUUAUUUGGUUUUUAGUGAUUCUGAAAAUAAUAACUUAUUUUAAGAAUGACUGGCAGAAUGUCAUCUCUCUCCUGUCUAGACAGUUAGCUUUUGAAUAUUUAAGUAUAGAAUGUGGGAUUGGGUUGAAUGGGGAUUUUCCCAUGCCACUAAAUUAAUAAGUAUGCAGAUGAACUAUGACCUCAAACUGAGUACAUGAAAUAUGCUUUUUGUAUCUUCAGGAUUAAAUUGUGUAAAAUUGGCAUUGCUGAAAGUGAUGCUUUGAUUUGCUUUCAUGGGAAUGAGGGAGGGGGGGAUUGGAUGUGUUGCAACAUGUGUCUUAUCAGUCCUUGUACAUUGUACUUCUUUUAUUUAUGUCUGUUUUACUUCACUUUGUACAUACCUAUUAUAUAGAUGAUCUAUCUAAUGACAGUAAGUGAUACUGUUAACAAAUUAUGCACAAAGUAUAUGUUUUAUAAUUAUUGAAUUGCAUAUUGAUAAUUUAUGUAGUUAUUUAUUGACCUCAAAGGACAUGAUUUUAUUUAUUUGGGGGUUAAGAAUAAAUACCAACUUAGAUAAGUUGGCAAGACUUCUUGUGCAUUGUCUUACAGAUAUGAAACUGUUUUUAACAUUUCAGUGCUGCAACUAAAUUUAUUUCUAAAGCAUAAUGUUUAGGAAUCAUGCUUUAACGGCAGGAAAUCUGUUAUUAUUUUAGUUAUGGACAUAGACAAUUUCAGUACACCAAUUUCUUCUUAGAGAAUCCAGAACAUCAAAAGCUUUGUAGAAUGUACAUUUUGAAAGGCACCAGAGACCUGUUUAGUGUUAUUUACUUACUACUAUCAUGUACCGUAAUUAAAUGUAUUGCCAUAGAUUUAAGUUGUGAUUUGAGUUUGCAUAAAUGAAUUUUGAUCCUUUUGUAUGAUGCAUUUCAUAGUCCAUUGCUGUAACCACAGAUCAUCUGUAUCGCUACUGACAUGUCCUCAACAAAUGUUUCUCUAUGAAUGAACUGUGCCUAUCAGGUGAUCAUUGUCAUGUGUACAAAGUUUUUGAUCAUUUGGACUCCAUGCUCAUGCAAUAUCAGAAGGGAGUCAUGGCUGUACUCAACAUUUAACUAUUUCACACACAUUGCAAUAUAUUUAGGCAACAAGUUACAUUUCUGUUUUGUAGCUGUAGUUUAUUUUAUUAUUUUAAAGCUGACAUUUCUUUUCCAAUCAGAAAGAAAUGCCAAUCUUUUGUGAUGUUGCCUAAGAGCUACAAAAUGGAAAUGCACAAUAUUUUCCAUGAUUUUGCUCAUACCCUCAUGCUCAUUGUUUCAUUGUAAAUAUCUGAGCAAACAGAUGCAGCACUGUGUGCCAGUGAAGUUAUGUUUUGCUGCCACAUUUGUGUAAAAUGUUGAGUACAGCUCAUUGAGUGCUCACACUCAUUUCAUGGUAACAUAUUUUUUUUGCAUACAUUAUCUCAUUCCCAGGUUGUGUAUGUUCUGUUACCGUGGUUUUGUUCUCUGCUUCCAUUAGUUGUUCAUCCCUCGUGCCAUUGCUGUUCAUAGCUUUGGCAGACUAUGCUGCAGAUAUUAUAUAUAUGCAUCAUUUCAUGUUCAUUAUUAAAUACAAAAAUGUGCAGUUAUAA